GGAAGUGAGCCAGUUGCGUCUUCAGUAUGGAGGGGUCCGUAGCAAACGGCGUGUCGGCGCCUUUACCUGGGCGAUGUGCUUUUUAUGUAGCAAAAAAGAAACGAUACUGCAAGAUGAUUGUUGGAAGUGGGAAAACCUUUUGCGGGGAGCAUGCAAAUGCUGGCGAAGAGAGUGAGAAAAAACGAAUACCCUGUCCUCUGGACCCCAAACACACUGUAUUUGAAGAUCAUUUGGCUAAACACCUGAAGAAAUGUAAUUCUAAGGAGAAACCAAAACCUAUUUAUUAUGUGAAGGACAUCAAUGCAGGUUCUGCAAAUGAAGAUGAACCCAUAGAGGAGAUAACGAUCGCUGAACGAUCCAAAAAGGAGCUGGAUGAGUUGAUUGUGAAACUCAAAACUGCACUGAAAGGACUAAAUACCAAACUCGUUGAAAACAUAAUCUCACAUUCUGCUCUACAUGAGCCUCUAAGUGACCCAAAGAAUGGAGAUUCUGCCUUUAAACACCUCAAGCAACAGGCUUCAAUUCUGGGAAACAUGGAGGUUUUAGAACUGCUCAGCCCAAACAGAUGCUACAUAGAGUUUGGAGCAGGGAAGGGAAAACUGUCCCACUGGAUUCACAUCGCUCUUAAAGCAGCUGAAAAUGUCAAUUUUUUACUCGUGGAAAGGUCCAGUACUCGCUUUAAGGUAGAUGGCAAGCACAAAAAUGCAGACUCAGCAUUUGAUAGGCUUCAGGUUGAUAUUCAGCACCUUGAUUUAUGUGACGAAGGUCCCUCUUCUGAGAAAAAAAGGACUUCCUAUUAUUGGUGUUGGGAAGCACCUGUGUGGUGCAGCAACAGAUCUGGCACUUCGGUGUUUAUUUGAGCAUAGCUGCACCGACAAAGAUGAUGAACCUCCAACAAAGCGCAUAAAACUCCAUCAGAAUGAGGGUGCUGGUGAUUU